AUGUUGCAAGGCACAGAAGAGGAUGGGGCCGACGGAGGGGUCAGAGGCACAAAACGGUGCCGCAAGGACGAUGCCGGCGACGCAUCUGCCCGCCUGCUUCCGUCGAUUCUCUGUCUCCAAUCUCAUGUUGUCCGGAGUUGUGUUGGCGGUCCAGCGUUUACCUUCCCGCUGCAACACCGAGGCUUUCAAGUCGGGUGUAUAUAUACAACGCAGUUUGUAGAUAUGUACGUACACAAGGGAACAGUCCUUACUCCGCUUGCUUUGAGGACUCUACUUGACGGCGUAGCGCCGACAUCGGAAGCCAUUCGCCGAACAGAGGACAGACACAACCGCUCGCUUCGCACGGUGUGCGGACAUCCUGGCAGCGCGCCUGCUCGUGCGUGCCGCGGAGGCGAACCCUGCAGUGACUGCCCUCCCACAAGAAACGAGGCCGAAUGCUUCAGCGACUCCUCCAUCGACUCCACUCUGGCGCCAGAUAACCCGGAGAGCAGGAAGCUGAAGGGCUGGUCCACGAGGCCGCACGACUACAUUGCCUCUGGCUUCAUUGGCAACGUACCCCUUAUCGCCGAGUUCUCCCGGUGGCUGCGCAGGAUCCGCGGGUUCUACGCAGCUGGACAGUGCAGGGGACCCAUUUUCUUAUGUGACCCUGUGCUUGGCGACUGUGGCCAGGUGUAUGUGCCCGCUGAAUGCCUGACAGCGUAUGCUCGUCUCCUCCUUCCUGUCGCUGACAUCAUAACACCGAACCAGUGGGAGGCGCUUUGGCUGUCACGCCAAGACAUCCUAUCGACACCAGAUGUCUUCAAUGCAAACAAUUGUCUUGAGGAUAAAACUGUACAAAACGUCGCAUCUGAUUCGUUGCCUCAAAACGCCGGAAGUGGCUGGCAGCCCUUCAGCAGUCCCGGGGGAUCAGCGGCGGAGGAACGGCCAACGCUUUCAGAUGCGCUCCGCCUCGUAAACAGGCUCCACGCCUUUGGACCUGAGAUUGUCAUUAUAACGUCUAUGGAACUUUCUGGUGAAGGCAGCCAGUUGGUUUCUGAAGAAGCCGGGGAAACGUCACGCCAGACGGGGGAAGGCGAGCCAUCCACAGAUUCCUCCCCUUACCUGUAUCUGAUCGCCUCCCGCCAGCGCAGGGAUGCUCCGCGGUGCACGCCUGCUUGCUGGGAUGAGACCUCCGUAAGACUAGUUGGACUUUCUACUGCUGCCACCCUGCAGGGCGACCAGAAAUCAUCAAUAUCUGCUGCUGCUGCUGCUGCAUCUCGGUCACCUGAUGGGAUGCAAGUGAACAUCGACUGUUGCGAAGACCGUUGGAGGCAGAACGAGCACGGUACCAGCAUGUCGGGAAGAAUCCAAGAGGCAAGACAGCGGCUAUCGUCUUCGUCGCCGCCUGGAGAUGAGUCCGAGGCAGAUUUGCCCCCGGCGUCGGUGUCGGUGGAGCUGGGCUCUCCUUCCGCAUGCCGCGAAAUAACGCGAGAGCAACAACCGGGCACGGGGCUCACACAGGACGAGGAAGAUGACGUCGUGUAUGUGGUCCGCUUUCCCAAGCUGCAGACGAAUCUGUGUGGCACGGGAGAUGCCUGGGCUGCCCUGUUUUUGGCGGCUUUCCACGAAUCUCGCUUCUGUCUUCGCCGCGCCGUUGAGACUGCGGUAGCUGGUACCCAGGCGGCAAUCCUCCAUACUGUCAGUCUCCAUGGAACACAAAGUGAAUGUAUUGACAUUGUAGGCAGCCGGAGCGCUGUUGAUGCAGCUCCUAUCGUUCACAGGGCGAGGCGGAUCGAGCGCAAGCUUAAGGCGUAG